AAAAAAUCACAGUAUAUUGAUCUCCUUCGCACCGUGGCUGCUCUGGGAAUCAGUGUCCUUCCUGUCCCUCAUAGCGAAUCUCUGAACUUGUCCUAUCAGUACCGUUCGCUCGCUGGCUGUCUAUCGAACCAACAUAUAACCUCCCUCUCUCAUCACCGACAAAAAGAGGGCCAUAGCCAUCUUGAGAGAGGGAGGGGCCGGCCAUGUCCCGGUUCGCGACGGCAAGCAAAAGAAGGAGAUUCGGAGCUUAUGUCGCAGCACUCUGCGUCAAGCCAUGUGUCCGGCGAUCCUACCCUGGAACAGAAUCGCACUGUAGAUGAUGGGCCAGAGUCAUCGCUUCGCGAGCAUCACGGCCAGGAUACCCAGGAGACAGUCCCUACACAGGCGGUUGCAUGGAAUCGAUUGUCUCCAAUCGAACAGAGCCCAGUGCCGACCCAGCCACGUUCCAUUGGAGUACAUGCGAUCCUCAACCCUCCAGAAAGCACAGGCUUGAGCGCACCUGCUCAACGAGAUAGUCGGGAUCCUCUCGAUGUACCGGCAUCGACAUCGCCUCGUCUGAGAGGAUCUUCGUCACCAGCACCCCGGCCUGCUCGUCCAAGUAGUCGGUUUCUUCAAACUGACCGUCCAUCGCUCUCACCUGGUGUCAUUCCGCGACGGAUUAUUACACCGGUUUCGCCUGCAGCGCGCUCAUCGAGUCUAUCUGGGAGAUCUCAUCUUCUGACUGGAAAGAUCAGUGUUUCGGAGUCCCCCUUUGUCCAAGAGCCAUCAACCGGGCUUUAUGGCAUCGCUACUGGCGGUCCACUGUCUGUCGAAACUAGCAAUCAUCCAAAUGCAGCGCUACAGGGGCGACAUGUACAAGGUCCGGCGUCUAUGCAUUCAACGCCAGUUUUCCACGGCAGGCGGCCCAGUGGUGGCCCUGCUACGAACCCCAGCUCUCAGGAUACAAGUCCCAGCACGCCACACUCGACGUACAGUCAAUUUGGCCAGUCGCCUCCAAUGGCCACUACUGGGAUCCUGCAGCCUCCAACCGUGCCUUCUUUUAAGGCUCCUCCCUUUGUGGCUAUGGAUUCCUUAGGUCGCGCACCCAGCGUGCCUAGUGGUUCAAGAUAUGGCGAAGAGGCUUCGGUUCCGGGUACACCUCAUGAGGGAUAUUCUGCGAUACCUGGCAUGAUACCGGUUAUUGUCGAUUACAAAUCUGGUUCGAGGAGCCAAGCUGAGAAGCGGAAGGCAAAUAGUGACGCAUCCAGGAGAUUUAGGAACCGAAAAAAGAACGAGCUUGCGCUGGAGCAGAGGAUCAGUUCCCAGGCCGAACAGAUGCGGAUGUUGACAGAGGAGAGAGAUUACUACCGGGCAGAGCGAGAUUUCUACCGGGAAACACUCAGUCAGACGAUAGGGCUAGGACAGCUGCCACCUCGGCCCCCGUCGCCCCGUCACUUUCGAGCAUCCUUGAAUCAACCCGGCGUCCAUAGCAGCGAGUCAGUAUGGCGUGGUUCGGAAAGCUCGCCAGGGAGUACGGUUGACCCGCCGGGAAGGACCGGACAACCGAUCACGGCAGGAUAUCCCAACCCUCCUCACUUGGCGCCUCUACCUCCGGUUUCUCAGGCUGGCUGGUCUGGCGACCGGCUACCCUAUCCUGCACCAAGCGCGGAGACCAGGCAAGGUGAAGGGCUGGAUGAUCGACAAGGACAAGCGCCGCAGCCAUAUGCUAGCGGGUGGAGGAUGGGUUCUCCAAGCGCAAAUCUGGCAGGCAGACAACAUCCGCCAUCAGAGCACAUGACAGGACGUUCGUACCAGGAUCCUCACGGCAGACGGGGUACUUUUGAUGGGAACUGGAAUACGCGCCAAUGAGCUCCUGGGUGUAACAUUGCUCUCUUUCCCGAUCCAAUCCCUUUAUCUUUUCCAUAUAGCGCCUUGGCUGUUCAAUUUCUCUUCAUCCAUGUGUGUUCUGAAUUGAUUUCAUCGUCUUUCUCAUCUCCCUUGGCGCGACUGGUUCGGAAAGAGGGUGCCCGCCUCAGGCGUCGA